AUGGGCGCCUUCGACCCGCCGUCGCUGCCCGCGCGCGUGCUGGCGUCGCCGCUGCUGUUCGUGCUGCGCCCCGUGCACGCGCUGCUGGCCGCCCUGCGCCCGCCGCCGUACACGCGCGCGCCCGCCGUGCCGCCCGUCCGCGUCGUGUGCCUGGCCGACACCCACACGCUGGCCGUACACGACGUGCCCGACGGCCACCUGCUCGUGCACGCCGGCGACCUGGCCAACGCCGGCUCCGUGGCCGAGAUCCAGCGCGCCGUCGACUGGCUGAACUCUCUGCCGCACGCCCACAAGUUCGUCGUCGCCGGUAACCACGACGCCGCCUGCGAUACCGCCGCGCACUCUGCCAUUGACUGGGGCGCCAUCCACUACCUGCAGAACACCUCCGUCACCGUCGCCGUGCAGCCGGCCCCCGACGCCCGCCCGCGCUCCUUCACUGUGCACGGCGUGCCGCAGGUGCCGCAGCUCGUGCCCGACGCGAACUCCGCCCACCACGCCUUCCAGUACCCGCCCAGCGCCCGCACCGAUCCGUGGCCGCACCCCAUCCCGCCCGCCACCGACAUCUUGGUCUCGCACAGCCCACCGCUACACCACCGCGACGUCUUCCCGCACUGCGUCGGCUGCCCGUUCCUGCUCGCCGCCGCCUGGCGCACCCACCCCGCCCUGCACGUCUUCGGCCACGCCCAUGCCGGCCGCGGCGUCGAGCCCGUGUACUACGACGCCCCGCAGCGCGCUCUGGAGCGCAUGGCCGAGCGCCGCCGCGAGCCCGGCUACAUCUGGGAGCGCGGGAAACGCUCCGCCGUCGGCUGGCUCGUGUAUGGCGGGUGGUGGCGGGACAUAUUCAGCGUCUGGUGGGCCUGGAGGGACGCCCUCGCCGUAGUCUGGGGAGUGGGAAAGGCCAUCGUCUGGACGCGCAUCUGGGGCGGCCAGAGGGCCCUGGGCCAAGAGGGCUGGAUGGUCAAUGCUGCCUGCAUGGACCCCAGGGGCUCCGGCACGCUCACAGGUGGAGCCACAGUAAUCGAGCUAUAG